AUGUCAGUGACAAGCGAUGUGGCGGCAAGCGAUGUUGCGGCGGUGGCUGGCGGCGGCGGACGGACGCUGCUCUCGCAUCGCAAGGUAGUCGAGGUCUUUGAUCGUGAUGCAGAAGAGUUUCUGCAAGGCGUGGCGACCGUCGACGUUGAGGCUAUUGUGCCCGGUGGUGCGGCGUACUCGGCCAUUCUGUCGUCCAAGGGCCGCAUGCUCUUUGAUCUGUUUGUCUUUCGCUCCAGCGACGGCUCGCGCUUUGCGCUGGACGUGGCGUCUGAGUCGCUCCCUGCGCUCCUCCGCGUCCUUGCCCGGUACAAGCUCCGCGCCAAGGUUAGCAUUGCCGAGGCGGACGAGCUCGGGGUAUACGCCGCGCUGUCUGGCGGGGAUGGCGUGGUCGAUCCGCGCGACCCGCGCAUGGGCGGCCGCGGCAUUGCCGAGCUCGAUGCCCUCGACGGCACCAUCGACGGUGCCGAGCCGGCGGCGUAUCUCGCUCACCGGGUUGCACUCGGCUUGCCGGAGACCUGGGCCGACUUUCCGCCCAACAAGGCGCUUGCGCCCGAGAUGUCGCUUGACGCGCUCUCGGCGCUCUCGCUCACCAAGGGCUGCUACGUUGGCCAGGAGCUGAUUGCGCGGACGCACGCCCGCGGUGCGAUUCGCAAGCGCAUCCUGCCUCUGGCCCUCGCGCCGUCUCCCGAUACGCUGCCAACGCGAGCACAGCUCGAGGCUACCUCGCCCAACGAGCUCGUCGCCACUGGUGCGGCCCGCCUCGACCUUCCGCGCCUGCACCUUGCUCCCGAUACCCGCAUCACCCUCGCCGACUCGUCCAAAGCCGUCGGCCGUGUCGGCUCUGCUUCGAUCGACUCGGGCAUGGCCCUCGGCUUGCUCCGCCUCCGCAACGUUCUCGCUUCCAACGCGGAUGCUGCUGACCCGGUCCUACACAUCCGCGCCCUCCAGACCGCACCCGGCGCUGAUGCCGGCGAGCGGUCGGUCGACUUGUUCGCACGCGCGUUUGUGCCCCGCUUCCUCCGUCAAGCUCUGGUGACAGAUGGUCAACUUUAG